CGCACAGCUCCCGUGUCCCGCACAGCUCCCAUAUCUAGCGCGCCAUGGAGCGCCGCGUCGCCCGUGAGUUUCGGCACAAGGUUAAUCUGCUGAUUGACAAUGAAGCAGAGAAGGAUUACCUUUAUGAUGUGCUGCGGAUGUACCACCAGUCUAUGAAUCUCCCAGUGCUUGUGGGGGACCUGAAACUUGUGAUAAAUGAACCAAGCAGAUUGCCUCUAUUUGAUGCUAUCCGCCCACUUAUCCCAUUAAAGCACCAGGUGGAAUAUGAUCAGCUUACUCCCAAAAGAUCACGAAAGCUGAAAGAGGUGAGAUUGGAUCGUUUGCAUCCUGAAGGACUUGGAAUAAGUGUGAGAGGUGGAGUGGAAUUUAGCUGUGGCCUCUUCAUCUCCCAGUUAGUUAAAGGAGGCCAGGCAGACAAUGUUGGACUUCAGGUGGGAGACGAGAUAGUUCGUAUAAAUGGAUAUUCCAUCUCAUCAUGCACACAUGAAGAAGUCAUAAACCUCAUUCGCACAAAGAAAAUAGUGUCCAUAAAAGUAAGACAUGUUGGUAUGAUACCUGUCAAAAGUUCAGCAGAUGAACCCCUUAAAUGGCAAUAUGUGGACCAGUUUGUGUCAGACUCUGGGGAAGGAAAGGGCAGUGUUGCUGGUCUUGCUUCUUCUGGAGGGAGAGACAGUAAAGAGAAGAAGGUCUUCAUUAGCUUGAUUGGUACAAAAGGCAUGGGAUGCAGUAUUUCCAGUGGUCCAACCCAGAAACCAGGCAUUUUUAUCAGCAAUGUUAAGCCAGGUUCUCUUUCAGCGGAGGUCGGCUUAGAGGUUGGCGAUCAGAUUGUUGAAGUAAAUGGAGUGGACUUUUCUAAUGUGGAUCAUAAAGAGGCUGUCAGAGUGCUCAAAAGUAGUCGUACUUUGACUAUCUCUGUGGUUGCAGGUGCUGGAAAGGAGCUGUUCAUGACUGAAGAAGAAAGGCAAAGAGAAGCACAUCUCCGUGAGCAAGAACGACAGGAGUUAAUGCAUCAGAAGCGACUUGCGCUGGAGACUAACAAAAUCCUCAAAGAGCAGCAAGAGAAAGAGAGAUUAAGAAAACUGGAGAUUUCCCAGAAGGCUGCAGAGGAAGAAGAGAGAUAUCGCAGAGAAAUAGAGCAGAUAACAGCAGAAGAAGAGAAAUUUAAAAGAGAGUGGGAGGAAGACUGGGGUCCUAAAGAACCUCCUAAAUCUCUACAAACUGUAACUGCAGAAGUGCACUCUGCCCCUCGAUCCAAACACAAAAUAGAUGUAAAGGGAGUUACACAUGACCAACUUGAAACAGAUGACAUGGAUGAUGUGAUCAUGAAGCAGGACAAACAGGGAUUCCAGAAAUACUUGGAAGAUUUUGAUCCCUAUUCAAUGUUUACCCCAGAGCAGAUUGUGGGAAAAGAUGUUCGGCUAUUGCGAAUUAAAAAGGAGGGAUCAUUAGACCUGGCAGUGGAAGGAGGAAUUGAUUCCCCAGUUGGAAAGAUAGUGGUGUCUGCCAUCUAUGAGGGUGGUGCUGCAGACAAACAUGGAGGCAUAGUGAAAGGGGAUGAAAUACUAGCUGUAAAUGGCAAGAUAUUAAUUGAUAGCACGCUGGCAGAAGCACAGACAACUCUAGCAAAAGCGUGGAACAUGGGUGGAGAUUGGAUUGACUUAGUCAUUGCAGCAUCACCUCCAAAGGAAUAUAACGAUGAACUGACGUUUUUUUAAAAAGGACUACAAUGGAGAAAUGGAGUAUUCAGUGGAGAAAUGCAAUCUCUCUCCUGCUGCAGCCUGCUUCUCUGUAAAGUAAUAGGAAAUCAAACCCACAUGAAACACAUCUUUAUAUGAAAGAAAUGUGAGCAAUCAGACCUGUAAAGUGAACUAGAGACUUCAGAAUCUUAAGGUAGUUUGAGUAAUUUCAAAUCUUUCUAUAGACAUGCAGCAAUAAAUUUUUGGAAGAUCAUCAAGAAGGACUUCCAGUGAGUAUAGUUUGUUUGUGAGAGCUGAAUUUAUUUUGUGCUAUUUUGGGAGGUCAAAUUCUUUAAAUUAGCUUCCAGUUUUCCUGGAAAUAGACACCAAAAUGACAAAUGGAGAUGAAACACAGAUAUCUGUUCCCACAUGCAACACUUGUGAUUAUAUGUACACAGGCCAGUUUGGAUGUGAAAAUGAUUGUAUUUUCACUCCACACAUAAUGACUUCUCCUGGGAAAAUGGGAAUGUAUAUAGGUAACUUCUGUUCUCACUCGUGUUCGUGGAGCUCUCCAUGUCCACGUCUGUUGCGCAGUUGUGAGUUGUUUUGAGUAUAAAUCCCUGUUGGUGGAAGAACCAGUAAUACCAGGAGCACUAUCAUGAUAAGGAAUAAUUUUGGUGAUGCUUAUACAGUAUAAAGAAUCUUCUCUACCAGAAAACAAGUGGCAAACAGUCAAGAUAAAAUUAUUAUGUGUAGUCACAGUGUUUGUAUUGAUAUCAAAAAUUAAUCCCUCAUGCAGCCAUGGGUGGAAAAUCUGGGUGUGAUUCACAGACUGCAGUGGCGUAGUUUGUUCUCAGUGAGGCUGUAUACAUACAUGACUUAAAUGUGCAGGAAGUCACUGUAAUAUUUUGCUCUUGAUCACUAUGUUUUUCUAUUGAAGUAAAUUCCUCAAGAGUAUAGAAUCUGUACUAACUUGGCCUUAAACCAGCAUUAUUGUUGUUGUAGACUUGGUAAUUUCUUUAUAUUAUCUAGAUACCUCUUUAAAAGUACUAUUAUUAUCCUUCCUUCUUUUUAUUUGCCAGUUUCUAUUAUGUUUUUCAUAUUGUGAUUAGAAUUUUCUUACCUGGAUUAAUGACUGCCGUUUAUAGUCCUUUGGCAUAUCAAAUUCCCACUCAAGUCUUACUUUCUAAAGGCUUUGAAGCCCUCUCUUCUGUAACAUAGAAAAAUAACAAUUAGGUUCCUAAGAACUCCUUGCUUACAUGGAGAUGAUUAAUUAAUUAUGUUGACUUUGUUCAUUUGUGAUAUUGUUCCAGGAUGCCAAUUAAUGUGUCUGGCAGGGUACACAUUUUACAGUGUUUUAAAUUUUAACUCUUAACUAAUCCAGAAAUAAAAUUGCAUUUGCCAAAUGGAAGAA